AUGGCCAGCUCGGAGUUGGGGCCUCACCUGAAGAAGGUGUCCAGCGAAGGUGGCUCAUCGGAGAGUGGCAGCUCCGAGAGCAGCGGCGCCGAUGACAGAGGAUCCAGCGGGUACAGCAGUGGAAACGGGUCUGUAUUUGAGUCUUCCGGGUGGGUUUACCAUUUGGGUGUUAAUUCCAUUGGGCAUGAGUAUUGCCAUCUCAGAUUUCUCUGUAUCCGGGGCAAGUAUGUGGAGAUGUACAAACGUGACCCCCUGGAUAAACCUGGCAUUAAACCCAUCAGAAGGGGUGUUGUGGGACACACACUAAUGGUGGAAGAGUUAGGUCGCCGGAAGGUUAACAAUGGGGAACUCUAUGUUCUAAGGUUUUACAACCGAUUGGAUGAGACAAGAAAGGGUGAAAUUGCUGUUGCUAAUGCCGGCGAGGCACGGAAAUGGAUGGAAGCCUUUGAUCAUGCAAAACAAGAGGCUGACUUAGAGCUUUCAAGAGCCGGUAGCACAAGAAACAAGCUUAACGUGGAGGAUGAGAUCAAUCUUGAAGGGCAUCGACCUAAAGUGAGGCGCUAUGCACGUGGCUUGAAAAAGUUUAUAAAAAUCGGACACGGUCCGGAGGAGCUCUUGCGUCAAACAUCUAGCUUGAAUGGGAGUGGUAGAUCAGAUAUGUUUUUCGAUGCAGACGGUGGAGAUGUAAUUGAAGCACAUGAAUGGAAAUGUGUCCGUACAAUCAAUGGCGUUAGAAUAUUUGAAGAUGUAGCCAGCUCUAAGAAUGGCAAAGGUGUCCUUGUCAAGGCAGUAGGUGUUGUUGAUGCCAGUGCUGAUACUGUUUUUGAUGUGGUUUUGAGUACUGAUCGGCGUCAGAGAUAUGAGUGGGAUACAUUGACAGGUGACCUAGAGUUGGUUGAUCCUGUAACGGGCCACUAUGACGUUGUAUAUGGAGUUUUUGAUCCAAAAUAUUUAACUUGGUGGCAGUCCAAGAGAGAUUUUGUUUUCUCUAGGCAGUGGUUUCGUGGACAAGAUGGAACAUACACUAUCUUGCAAUUCCCUGCAGUGCACAAGAACCGGCCUCCAAUAUCUGGAUACCAUCGCACCAAAAUUAAUCCUUCUACAUGGGAGAUCAAGAAUUUGAAUUCUUCCUCUUCGUCCAAAGUAGCUCGUUGCCUUGUGACUCAAAUGCUCGAGAUAAACACCAAAGGAUGGUUUAAGUGGAAGAACAGUUUCAGCCCAAAGUUUGAGAAAACUAUUCCUUUUGGAUUAUUGAGUCAAGUUUCAGGCCUGAAGGAAUACAUCGGAGCAAACCCUGCUCUUACACUUGAAUCAGCUGCGACUGUAAUUCAUUCAAAAAUCUCUGAUGAGACGACAUCCAAUGGGGAAUUCAAGGAUGCAGAAGCUCCCGAUGAAUUCUAUGAUGCAAUUGCUGGAGAUUCAGAAUCUGAUGAUAGUGAUGACGACACCGGAGCUAACGAGAAAAGGAAAAUUAAACUGAAGAAUGUUUCAUGGGCCAUUGCAAGUCUAGCUUUAAAGCGAAAAUCAGCCUUGGAUGCAAAUAAGGAGUUAGACUCAAGUGUAACUCCAAUAAAUCUGGACUCCUUCCAGUUCCAUGGUACCAUGCAGCAAGGAAAAGAUGGGAAUGAUUCUAACUGCUGGAGUUCUCCUAGUGGCACAGGUUUCAUGAUCAGGGGCAAAACAUACUUGAAAGACAGCACAAAGGUAAAAGGGGGCGAGCCACUUCUAAAGCUCAUAGCCGUUGACUGGUUCAAGGUCGAAAAUACUGCUGACAAGAUUGCAUUGCAUCCCAAAUGUCUUGUUCAGUCUGAAGCAGGGAAGAAAAUUCCAUUCAUCCUUGUUAUCAAUCUUCAGGUUCCAGCCAAACCAAACUACAGUCUGGUUCUAUAUUAUGCUGCCGACAGACCUGUAAAUAAAAAUUCUUUAUUGGGUAGAUUUGUCGACGGAACUGACAUGUUCCGUGAUUCAAGAUUCAAAUUGAUUCCAAGCAUUGUUGAGGGGUAUUGGAUGGUUAAACGCGCUGUUGGAACAAAAGCUUGCUUACUUGGAAAAGCAGUCACCUGCAAGUAUGUUAGGCAAGACAAUUUUCUGGAGAUUGAUGUGGACAUUGGCUCGUCGUCCGUAGCAAGGAGUGUGAUAGGCCUCGUCCUUGGAUAUGUCACCAGCCUAGUAGUUGAUCUCGCAAUUUUGAUUGAGGCAAAAGAAGAAGCUGAACUACCGGAAUACAUUCUCGGAACUGUUAGAUUAAAUCGCUUUAGGCUCGAUUCCGCUGUAAAUUUGGAGAGCUGA